AUCGCGCCGAGCGGAGCAGACGUUGCCCCGGUCUUCAGAGCAGACGACGUUGAGGUGCCGCUUGAAGCAGACGAUUUCCGUUUCUCCACGUUUCGUUGGCAUUCUUGAAGCCUGCUUACAAGGCAGAGGAAUCCUAACGCCGCUUCGUGCAACAGACCAUCGCAAGCUGCAUCGCGAACGCACCUGCGGAAAAUCUCGAGACCAACUGCGGCAGACGAUAUAUAUCUUCUUUUGAGCAGACGACGUGCGAAAACAACAUGGCGCUGUUCCCGCUGCUGAACCGCAACCUGUGCGGAGGCUCGGAGCUGGCGAGACGCCUCUUCGAAGACGACUUCGGCAGUUCUUUCCUGGACGGCGAGCUGUUCGACCCUCCUUUCUACCACCAGAGGUUCUACAUUCAGCCCCGGCAUCAGGAGCCUACCACGAACAGCGUCUGCCCCAAACAGCAGGGCACUUCUGUCGCCUGCACGCCCGACAAGUUCUCCAUCCGCGUCGACACCCGGCACUUCACUCCGGAAGAGAUCUCCGUCAAGACUCAGGACAACUGCGUCGUCAUUCAUGGCAAGCACGAGGAAAAGUCCGACGACCGCGGCUGCUACGUGAAACGGGAGUUCACCCGCCGCUACGUCCUUCCCGAGGACGUCGAUCCCCAGACCAUCAAGUGUCACCUGACUCAGGGUGGCCUCCUGGCCUUGGAGGCUCCGCGCAAGAACCCCAAGAAAGAGGAGUCUAAGCCGAUUCCCAUCGACGUCAAGCACGAAGGCAAGAAGGCCUAAACGAAGGGGGGGGAAUGGAGUUGAAGUUAUGUUAUAACUCUAUGUGUUGGUUGUACUAAUCACCUGCUGAGAAGACAGACAUGCGAGAACUCGCUCCGUGACAGACGACUACGUCGCGCCUAGACCUCAGUUAACUUCUCCAGAGGGAACCGAUAGAGCUGAUUAGGCUUAACCUUCCAGCACGCGUGCCAACUUUCGAUUGUUUACAAACACGGGUGGUACGUGGAACACCUGAUAGAAUUCCUACGUAUCUAUAUCUCGGGGUAGCCGAUCCUCUUGGCGUUUUUUUCUCGUCGAGCAUUGAUAGCAAUCUGUGAUGACAUUACGUGUAUGGUAUGUGAGAAUAUGAAACGUGAGAAAGAGUGCAUGGUAGCAAAAAUGUGACCGAUACGUGUGAGGCACGAGGCUUAUUGCUUGCACUGAUACGUCUGCAUCGCGCGUCGGCGCGCGGUUCCAGACGAGAGUCGUCUGUUACGAAAACUUAUCGAUCCUGCGCGCGGCGCGCCGCUGUGACCCCGAGGAAACAGUGGGAAGCGGGGGGUCAAUAGUAUUUGAGUGUGUUACUAUUUAGUACUCCUUUUACUGUUACGGAGCGUACCGCCUGGGAUGCUUCAUUUGGAGCAGCGCGCGCGAACGCUAUUGAUCGUUGUUUCAAGUAUACCAUUUCACUCAGUUCUAUUCUUUUUACUUUGUUUUUUUUUUUCGAUUUCUUUCUGCAAGCUGCGCGCUCUUUCAAAAAGCGCUGCGUCAAAUCGAUCAUAAAUACCUUUACAUUUAUCGAUACGUCCUAAGCCAAUCUGCCUAAGGAGAUCUGUGAUAUAGGGGGAGUUGUUUGAUAUAAGUAAGAAAUAAGUGGGGUUGAGGGCAGAACGUACAAAUUCAAGAAUCUGAACAUCUAGGGCCUAUAUAUAGAUAUCGGCAUAUAUAUGAGUACAAAUUGAGGUAGGCUAAAUUGUGUCUUCAUGUAUGGAAGGAUCGGGCCGUGCGACAUUUUGGGAAUAAGAAACGGAAAAAAAAAAAAGAAGAGGAAGAGACACCCGCUUCCUAUAAUUAUGAUUAUAUGUAGGUCGGAUACUCAGGCUAGGUUAGUGCAUCAAUGAAUUCUAAACCAUCCUCUACAGGACGUAUCCUUUACACAAACCUAUUAGCACUGGUUCUUGUGUGUGAGGGUGUGAGGAGGAACUUCGAGGCUCAGUAUACUGAAGGCACCGAAGAUCGUUCACGAAGCGUCUAGUUUGCGACCAAAUUUCGAAUGCAUAGUAUAAAUUUUGAUAAUGCGGAUGUCGCGCAGCAUAAUCGGGAUGCUGUAAUUCUCCUGACAUAUGCUAAGGAAUGUACAAAUGAACCAGAACUAUAGCUUUAGCACGUAUAUGUUAAUUGGGUGAUGUUGAAGGAGGUGAUAGACUAGUGGGAUUGGGAAAUCACGGAGAGGGGCACUCUGUUGCUCAUUAACACUACCAGCUGUCACGCAUUUGAAGCAAUGUUGUUGGUCAGUUCAAGCGUGUAGCGCGGAUAUUAGGCGCAUACAUGGUUAGCCGACCGUUGACGUUGUUUUAGGUUAUAUCUACCGUUCGCGAAAAAAAAAACAAAGACGGAAUAAAUACCGCCAAAACCGGGCAGUGUGAGCAUUCAACUUAGAUUAUUCCAUGUUACUGGGCUAUCAUGUCCUGGUCUGCACCGUAAAAAACGCCUUCCGAGAAGAAGUAUUUAGGACAUAUUUAUUGAACAAGGUUACGUUAUGGAGCUGAUAAUCGAGGUGCAUGUUUCAACGUCACGACUCACGAGGACGACGAGAUGUCGCUGGAAACGAAUCUGUCAGCACUUGUGCCAUAUAGAUAGGCGCGGCAGGUACGGUUAGACUGAUAAACGUUAAACUUUACUUCGCCGUCAAUCGGUCCCUAACCGAUAACUCAUAUAUAAUCUGAGUAUAGAGGUCUCGCCGUAGGUUCGCCGCAAGCAUAUCGCGAACGGGACGCUGAUGUAACGUGGUAUUCAUCACGUGUAUACGUGAUCAUAUGAUGACGUUAUGAUGGUCACGUGAUGCAUUGUGUGAUGACCACACGGUGACCACGUAUUGAAUCAUGCGUUCACUUGAUGACCACGUGAUGUAUCGGCGAGGUCAUGAUCACCGUGGUUAUCAAUCACGACCGCGUGUAGUAGCAGCGCAAUUUUUUUUCUUUUUUUUUUAUGUAGCUCACGGAGCGAGUUCCGUAACUUAUUUACUAUAGCCCUCUCAGCCAAGCACUCGCCUGUGCCAAUUUACUCGCCAUGUACUGCCAGAGGAAAAAUAAAAAAAGUAGCCCCUUGUUCGUGCACGAACGACCCUAUAUGUAGCCUAGAUUUCUUCGUGGUCCUAGGAACCUUAAGCGUUUCUCGCCACAAGACACCGAGUUCACGGGUGGCGGCCGGGUUCGUACGGCAAGUACGUACAAUGUUUUUUUUUUUUUUUUUUUUUUUUUUUUCUUCAUUGAGAUGCUAGCCAGACGCCGUUCUGGUCCACUGUUGUGGUUGUGGGACAAAUAAACGUCACUGCUGCCCACAUGGUGUUGUACGUGGUUG